CUGGAGUUUGACAGUGACGGAAAGGAAAAUCUAUUAAUGUUUGAUGCCAGAUCCCAUCAGAAGCAGCCACCUACCACAAUCAUUUCUCUAUGAUGCAGUUUUGACUUCUGAGUUGAGCAGAGCAGAGCAGCUCAGAGUCAGAGCUGAGGCCACCAGGGGGGCAAAAUCGUCUUCUUAAAUCGGUGUCUUUUUGUUGGUUAUGGCAAUAAUUAAACCACCGAUUGAAUGAAGUCUUUCAGCGAACUACCACUCUAAACGCACGCACUUCGUAAUUAAAUACAACGGGGGUUUGAGGCUUUGAUUCUCCAAAUUUAUUAGAGAAGGUGCCACAAUGGAAGUGGAGUUACUCAGGCCUGACAAUCCCGCCUUGACGUUCGACGAGGUCUCCAUGGAGCGUCGCAAGAACUUCGUCAAAGCCUUGCAGGAGCUCAAGAACUUAAGGCCUCAGCUUUAUUCAGCUGCAGAAUAUUGCGAAAAGUCAUAUCUCCAUAGUGAGCAGAAGCAGAUGGUACUGGACAACCUGAAAGAUUAUGCUGUACGCGCUCUUGUUAAUGCUGUUGAUCACCUUGGCACUGUGGCUUACAAGUUAACUGAUCUUCUUGAGCAGCAAACAUUGGAAGUGUCAACCAUGGAGCUAAAAGCAUCUUGUUUAAAUCAGCAACUUCUUAUGUGCCAAACAUACACGGAUAAAGAAGGUCUUAGGCAGCAACAAUUGUUGGCAUUUAUCCCAAGACAUCACAAGCACUACAUUUUACCAAAUUCUGUCAACAAGAAGGUACAUUUUAGUCCACAUGUACAGACAGAUCCUAGGCAAAACUAUUUCCAGGCUAAAUCUCGUCUUCAGCCUUCAGAUUCUCCUGCAUCAAAAACUCUUUCGUGGCACUUAUCCUCUGAAACCAAGUCUACUUUGAAAGGGACUUCACAAACUUUGGCAAGCAGUGAAAUCUCAAAACCUUCAGGCAAUGCUUCUGAGGUUUUCCAGUUAUUGGAGAAUGGAGACAAUGCAAGGACAAAGUCUUCUGCAGCACCUUUUCCUGCAUCUAAUGCACUCGUGACAACACUGGGUAUCACACAUAGGGAAUUGGAGGGUUCCAAACCUUUGAGGGCAUUCAGGUCGUUUGAUAACCCAAAGCGUGAGGUUAUACGUGCUCCUGUUAGGAGCAAAAGCGUGCUAUCCGCUUUCUUUGUCAAACAGAAAGCAACCAAGCUAAAGGCUGGAUAUGUUGCAUGAAUCUCCAUCAGAACAAGCCAAUGACGACGAUCUAUGUAAAUCUCUCCUUUAUGCGGAUGGAGUUGCCUGCAAUUACCUCCCUUGGUUUUGUUUUUCACCAGUCGAUUCCUUCAUCAGUAGUUCUAUCAAUUGCUCGAGAUGAAUUUUUUUUCCCCAAUUAUCUUUUUUGGGUUUUUAAUAAUGAGCAAUUUGUAUAAAAUAUCUGAUAAUGAAGAUGAGUAACAUUUCCACUCUCUUUAAUAAUUCUUCAACCUUAAUCAAUAAUCA